GUGUGUGUGUGUGUGUGUGUGUGUGUGUGUGUGUGUGUGUGUGUGGGUGCAUGGGUGUUUAUGGUAUGUGUGCGGGUGGCAGCAGAGGACAGAAUGAAGUCCCAGAUCUCAUAACCCAGAUGACCAAUCGGGACGAAGCUGGCAGGUCAGCUUGGAGACAGAAAAAACAAACGCACCCUCACAACGGAGGGGUCGAUGUGGGGCUCACAGCGGACCUCAGAACCCCCAGAACCCUCAUAACAGGAGGCCUAGCAGGGGGUACGGCCAGACUCUCAGAAGGAGUAUCAAUAUCUAGCCUAGUCUAGUGGAAGAAGAGGAGAAGAUCCCGCUCUGAGGAGGUCUUGAAGACGAGGAGGAGGAGGAGGAGGAGACCCAGGACUGGAGAAGGAUGGCCAUCCCCAGGCUCUUCAACUCCUACAGCCCCUUCUUGGUGGUGGAGCGGGGGUCUGGGAGAACGUUCCUGGAGAAGCAGGACGGACCGGCGGGUGAGGAAGGGGAGGGCCCCAAUGAGGAGGAAGGCUCUUUGUUGGCCCGAGCCAUCCGACCACAGCUGAGCUGCGCUCUGGAGCGAGGAACCGCCCAGGACAUGACCUCGGAGUGGCCUGGAGCCCUCCAGAAGAACCCCUACGUCUCCAUCGUAGCACAGGCCGAGGGAGAGGGGUUGCAGGAGUUCAGCCCCAGCAGCACAGAACCAAUGUUCCCCAGAGCUCUGGUGCUCAGCGAACAAAGGCCGGUACAGGUCAGGAAACAUGCCCCCCUGAGCGAGUCGGACGGCGAAGCCUGCCCCCCAGCCCACCAGCGCCACCCCUGCCGGAAACCACGCAGGAAACCCUGGCGCCGACGCAGCCUGGUGGAGAACCAUCAAGAGCCCCCCAUCAUCCAGGGACUCUGGGUGCAAGAGAUCGACUGGCUCCGUCCGCGACCCGGCCACGGCACAGCCAGCCUCGCCGCCGACCCGACGUGGACUCCGUCGCUCCCCUGCGGCAUCAUCCCCCCUCCUCCCCAGUUCACCGACCGGGUCGUCGCCGCCGCCGCCGCCGCCGCCGCCCAUCAUCGUUGCCAUGGAGACGACGCUGCGACGUCCGGGGACGACGGUGACCGCGCCGCGGUCCGACUGAAGCGUUUGACGUUGGAGGAGGAGGAGGAGGAGGACGCUGAACACACAGGAGGACAGAACCACUCUGGGGACCCUGACUCUGCCCUGGGACCCAGAGGUGGCGGAGGAGGUGGAGGUUCUGAAUCCGCCCGCGCUCCUACGGCCAGCGGAGGGUCUGCCAGCUGGGCCUCGUGGUCCAGCGACGAGCCGGAAGCAGAGUUCACCUCGUCGAGCUGGAGCCGGGGCUCCGACUCGAGCGGCGGAGGCUCUGUGCCGGACUGUUCCGACCGCUCGGAGAACCCAGGGGGGAGUGGCUGCACGUGCGCCAGCGUCGCCGUGGGGUCUCAGUGCACGUGUGCAGCGGAGGUGGGAGGGGCAGUCGGCGAGGGACUGCUGGCCGAGCUGCGAGGGAAGGUGACCCGGGCGGAGAGCCGCUUCAUCUGGCCGUUCUUCAAAGAGCGGGAGAAACAGCAGCCUAUGCAUGAGUGCACUGACGCAGACGAACAGGCCAACGAGGGGAUUCUGCUUCACGACCUGCUGCAGCCCGCCGGCUGGAUGUACCGGGAGGGUCUGGAGUACGACUCCCUCCGCCACAUCCAGAACGGUUCCUAUGGGGACGUGGUCUGCAUCCAGGACCGGAGGACUGGCUUCCAGUGUGCAGCCAAGAGGGUUGCCCAGAGGCACUUCAGCAGUGAGGAGUUGAGCACGUGGAGCGCUCUGGACUCACCUCACGUGGUCCGGCUCCUGGGGGCUGUCAGUGAGGGCCCCAACGUGGUCCUCUUCAUGGAUCUGAAGCCAGGGUGUCUGGCCCAGGUGUUGAAGGAGCGGGUGAAGCUCCCUGAAGACCUGGCCCUCCACUACCUGCGGCAGGUGCUCUGGGCUCUGGAGCACCUGCACCGGCGCCUCAUCCUACACCUCGAUAUCAAAGCGGACAACGUGCUGCUGUCAGCGGACGGCAGGAACACCUUCCUGUGUGAUUUCGGUCUGUCAGAGAGGUGCGAUCAGAACGGGAAGAGCACCAGGACCUACCGGGGGCCCGCCUUCCCGGGGACCGAGACCCACAUGGCCCCUGAGGUGGCCGGAGGGGACCAGCGAUGCUGCAAGGCGGACGUGUGGAGCAGCUGCUGCAUGCUACUGCACAUGCUCAACGGAUGCCCGCCCUGGGUCCGCUACUACGCCCCGCCCCUUUGUCUGAAGAUCUCCAGCGAGCCCCCGCCCCUGUGGGAGGUCCCGUCCCGCUGUAACCACUUCACUGCCCGACUGCUGAGGGCGGGGCUCCGGAAGGAUCCUGGGCGCCGGGCGUCGGCCCGCGAGCUGAGGAGGAAGACCACCAAGGCCCUCAGAGCAGUGGGGGGCCUAAAUCCCUCAUCUCUCCCCGGAUCCGGCCCUCUCCCCACGGAGGCCCCGCCCCCCCAGGCCCCCAUGUGCUGGAUCAGCCCCUGGAGGGUUGCGGCGAUACAGCAGGACAGCAGUGAAUACGAGGAGGCUGUGUCGGGACUGGAUUCUGAUGAGGAUCAGGAGGAGGAUCGGGACCCCCACCCUAGAUCCCUCCGGGUCCUUGGGUGGGGGUCGGACUGUGACCCUGAGGUGGACAUCUACAUGGGAGAGGAGGAGUUUUGGGAGAGGAGGGGAGUGCUGACUCAGAGAGACAGGAAUUAUGAGGGAGAUUGGGAGGAGGAAGAGGAGGAGGAAGAGGAGGAGGAGUGGGAGUCUUCCUCUUCUCCAGGAAUGUUCUGUGCGUUGAGGGAACACUUCCCGCUGUUGAGGAGCGGUGUGCAGAGGACCCGAGCAUCGUGGGGAUCUGAACCGGAGCUCACACACCUCAGAGAAGAUGUUGCUCCAGACAACCCAGUGGUCAACCUCUCGCCAGAACCUCGGGACUAUCCUCCAUCCUGUCUGAGCUGCACCGACUCGUCACAGAUGUCCGACCAGGACUCGGACCGCUGGUCUGAUGAUCUGAGCUCCGGAGUGUUCUCCUCCUACAACAGCCAGAACGAUGGACAUAUGGAAUGGAUGCUGUCAGCCAAUCAGCCGUCCAGUCACUGCUUUGAAGGUGUCGACAUCUGGAUCGAGGACGUUCACGGAGCAUGCCUGAGGAUCCGGGAACGCCGGCGGGUCAACGUGGGCCAUGUUGCCAUAGGGAUCAGUGACCAGAUCUCAGUGAAGGCCUUUACCCUGGAGACGCUGGACAGGAAGUUGGUGUCCUUCCAACAGGAAGUGCAGGAGUCAGGGUUGUGGCUGCGCUGUGUGCCGGCGCCCGACCGAUGUCCUCGCUGGUAUUGGAGGAUCAAUGAUGGGAAGCUGGACCUUCGAGGCGCACUUUAACAACUUCCAACACCUGACCCAUAUGCAGUGCCCGUCCGUCCAUAGAGCUGCUCCUGGCCGUGACCCAGGCGGCCCAUUAUGAUGAACGGACAAUUGUGCAUAUUCCUGUCUGACCAUUUUUGAAACCAGGGUGCUACACAUUGGUGCUAGAGCGCUACAGCACUGUAGUGCCCGCCUUUAAACAUUAAGAAAGAUUCAUAAAAACAAGCUGACUAAAGUGCCACAAGGGGAUCGUUAAGUAAACCGAAGUAUCUGAAUGAGCGGUGUUUGGUACUUGCUGUCUUGUUUUGUAUGUGACUGACUAUGAUGUUUGUAUUGUAUAUGUUGGGGGUAGACUCGCGAGACCGGCCUGAUCUUGCAAGUUCACAUUCUCUGGCCACAAGCUUGUUGAAAGCCUCUCCCAGAAAUACCCCAAAUAAUAGAGCAAUGAACAACGUUUUAUUUGAUAUAGACUGAAUAACGAUGUUAAAUGACAAACGGUUGCACAGAAGGCUAUUCUAUGCGGUGCAGAUGUUUUUGGUUUACUUUCAGUGGUAUUCGGCAAGGGCGAUGAGAGCAAGAGCAUUUCAGACAAAAUAGAAGCAUUCGCCCCUAUGCAGAGAUCAAUUGCUGGCAAGCUAAGGCCAUGCUGAUAUUGAUGAUAUUGAUCUAGUUUGCGAUAUGCAAACUUGAAUAUCUUGAUGGUCUCGUGAGCCUAGUUUGGUUAAUUAUUCUCAGGGAGUCAUAAAUUCCCGAACCGUUCCUGCCCAUAUGUCAAGUAGCUCAAAAUUAGAGUGUUGAAUUGUACAUAGUUGAUUACAUUGUAAAAUUAAAUUUGCUGAUAUUUUGUACUUUUAGAAAUCGCCUGUGUGCAUGGAUUUUAUAAUAAAAUACCAUGUCCUGGAAUGUCCAGGUAAUUAUCAUUAUGAGCAUUAUAAUGUUGUCAACAUAUAGACCUAAGCAAGUCUUAAAAUGUGUUUGUUGGGGAUAAAAGCAUUAAAAUACCUUUAACUUCCUGUUGUUCAUCACAUGAAGGCCAGGGUUUCUUUAUGCAAUAUUAAAGAUAAAAGGUAAAACGUUAUUGAUUGAUUUUUUUUAUUUGAUCAUUUAAAUCGAAUUCCCAAAUUUGCAGCCAAAUACUAUUAAGUAUCAAGAGUAACACACAAAAAUAAUUUGUGUUGUGGAGUGCUUUAUCUGUUCGUAGAUGUGGUUUACGAUUACAACAACAACGAAGAACCCGAAUGACCAAAGAGGUAUUCUUGUCUCUUUAGUGGGCUGAUCUGCAUAGCCACAACCGCCACUCUGGCCUCGAUUUCCAGUAUCACUGUCGUUGAGAUGCUGGAGGACGACCCUACCCAUUGGGGCAGGCCAAUCGGGUGGCGCUAGACCUGUGAUUGGGCGUGACAUCCUAACCCCUUUAUAGUAGAAAUCUAAAAUGAAUAGAGGGGCCUACUGAAAUUAUAACUAAAAUAAAUAAUCUUGUUUUACCAGCCAACUGAAACCUGAAACUUCCUAACUGAGAUGUAGGACUUCACUUAUUCAUCGACAUCGUGGAC